CAUCGCACCAACCACUCGUAAACCUAUCGUUCUCCACAAACCCCGCGCGAUUCAUCGACAGGCAGCAGAGGAAGGACUGAAGUGAAGGGAGUAUGAGUGACGUAGCGCCGAUGUAGAGGGAGAGGGGAAGAGAGUGAGUGAACUAGAAAAAAGUGUGGAGUGUGCUAUCUGUGAAGAAUUUGAAGUACAAGUUCAUUGAAAUUGAGUGGCUAGUUCACACUUCACUGAAGUAAAGCGUUCAUUUGAACGACUCAUUCACGAGCUCCCCAUCACUAAUCGUGUGAUAAGGGCUGUAAUUCAAAACACACGUCAGAUAGAACUGCUGCUAUGUAGUGUCUGCAUAAUAAGGUUAGCACAUUUCUAGAACAAUGGGGCAACGUGUGAACACGAGAGCGCAGAUGUAUACAGUGCCCUCAUUCCACAAGUUUUGAGUGUGUGUGUUCGUUUAUACGGGCCUGCGCUCCCGUGGUCGGUGCUAGCGCAAGAGGAAAGAGACAUCGUGUGGAAGUACGUUUACAGAGCUAUAUGAAAAUUUAAUUAAUGUCAUUGAAAUGCAGUGAAUGAAGAUACAAGAAAUCAUAUCAGCGAAAUCCAAGUAAAUGCUGAACUUGCAAUAUGAAUGACGAUUCUAACCUUCAUGAUUAUGAUACCAUUCAAGAUUUCGUUACCUCCGUCAACAUCUUCAGCGAUAUUACUCCGCGUCUUCAGCUGCUGAGAGGAAUCGGAUUUGAGUAGUAGUUAACAUGUCUAAACAUGACAGAACGAGAAGUGGAUCCUACAGUUUCUCGUGCAGUUCGAUUGAUGAUGUCUCGAACAAAGGAAAGCCAGGAACAGCUAAGGAUGAUGGUGGAGGAUGAAAUACGGAAGAGGACUGGAAAGAACAUGGGACAUCUCUUGCGUCCUGUGGAUUCAGUCCUCGAUGUUGCAGAUAGUAACAAAAGAAAAAAGAAUCUCGAGACAAGAACUGUAAGUUUACACAUUGAAGAAGCACCGAAAGAUUCACAUAUGAAUGAAGAAUUUGAUGAUGAAGACAAUGACUCUGAGAUCAACUUGGAGAUACUAGAAGAGGAUCUGACAUGUAUUGUCUGCAGAGGAAUGGAUGUGGCUCCUAGGAAUCGCCUCAUUGAAUGCACAGAGUGCCAUUCAUUAUACCAUCAAGAGUGCCACCAGCCACCUGUUGGUGAAGCUGAUAUGGAAGACCCAAGAUCAAUAUGGUACUGUACAGACUGCUUGAAAACAAUUAACAGAGCUGUGUCUAAGCCACAUGCUUCACCAAAAUCAACUGUGAAAGACCCUGUCUCAACUGUGAAGCCUACAUUGAAAGCUGAAUCUGCACCACCAACUCUUGUAUUCAAAAGAACAGAAAAGCCUUUCCAGAUGCCAAUUAAUCAAGCAACUAGCAAAAGUGGCUCUCAAGGCAUUGUGGGAAUGGCUGGAUUAGCAACAAGUAUUCAGGCGGCCCAUCAUUCCAGUAAGCAGACAUAUGUUGGUGCAGGAGGAAAGCCUAGUCUGGUAUCUUCAUUUCCUCAAGGGAUCAAAACCUUUGGAGGUUCUCCUGUUUCUGCCUCAGCUUGUAUUUCCAAGCAAAUGACAGCACAAUCUUCAUCUGGAACAACCUCUGAUUCUAAUAUUAAUUCCAUUACUACAAUGACAUCAACACCUACUGCUGUUAAUACAACUGGUGGUGGUGGUGGUGGUGGUGGUGCCGCCGCCGCUGCUGCCACUACUACUACAGCCUCUGCAACUGGAUCUUCAUCUAAAUCAUCUGUGGUACCCAAAAUAAAUGUUAUUUCUGCUGACAAAAGACUAGCAAAUAUGAAGAAGAAAGCUGCAAAACUGCAGGAGAAAAGGAAACAUUCAAAAUAAAAGUACUAUUGAUUAAUAUAAUAUUAAAUUGUUGACAAUGUAUAUGUAAUUAGCUUAUUUUUAUUGCAUAAUUGUCAAUAUUGGAACAAGUUACUUGUUCAGUUUCAUUUUCUCAUGAUAGUACAAUGCAGUUUGCUUAUUCAGCAGUCCACUGCGCUAAGACUGUUCAAUGUAUAGUUGCCACUUUUAAAAACAGAUAAGAUCAGACAGGAAUUCUUGUUAUUUUACUCCCAGCAAUGAAAUAAUUUGCAAGUGUGAAUCUUUAGCAGAAACUGAAUGUUGUUCUUUCUCUCUGUUUUACAGAACAUUUUUAGUUUAUAUUUUUACAACCAGUGAAUAGAUUUCCAACCAGUGUACCAAAAUAAAUGUGAACAAUAAAUAUUAAUAUCACUCUUUGAUGUAUGUUAUACCACUUCAUAUAUACCUUGCUUUUGAAUGUGACUAGUAGUAGUAUUGGAUUAGUAUGUAGGGCAUUCCACAGUUUAUAGACUGUUUGUAAUAACCUUGGAAAAUACCACACUUUUUAACACUGAUAGAUUCGACGUAUUUGUUGCCGUAUUCUUGCUCUGUAAACCUGGCCUUUCUCUCAUCCAAUAAAUAACAUUUGGUCUUGUGCACUACUCUAACUGUAUGAUAUCCAAGUGAAUUUUUAUCUGUGUAGUGUAAUAUGUAACAUGUGGCCUCAUUUAAAAAUUAACAAGACAUUGGGGAAAAAUCGGGAAGUAAGUGCUUAAAAUGUAACCUAGUGUUAAUUUACGCUAGAAAAAUGAGAACAGGAGUUAUAUUGACUCAGAGAUAAGGCAUCUGUUAAGGAGUUAGUUCUGGUCAUUUCUAUCGCAUUAAAAAAAUUGUUGCAACCAGUACACAGUUUUGAUGCACUGGUUGUAAACACAUUGACUGUACAGAAAAAAUUAUCGUGUAAAA